AUGUCGAAGGAAGCUAAUGAUGCCGAUAUCGAUGUUGAUAUUAGUGAUGAACAGCAGGACUGGCGAUUCUUGAAUGCCAUAGAUCGGUCUGGCCAGUCCUUACCCAAGCGGGGAGAAAAAGAUUAUGAGCCGGAUGGCACAGGAUUACAGGUCUCAACGUUGGCUGAGAGUAGAGCCGCCAUGUACAAAGCUUUGGAAGGAGAGCGGAAACACUCGUCUAAGAAUCACGUAUCUGCUACAUGGUUCGGUUAUAUUGGAAAAGCUCGUGUAGAUGUUGUAGCUGGUCCCCAUUUUAUGACUAUGGGCAAGGCCGACUCGUCUGGUGUGAUCUGGUUGCUACCAGAAGAAGUCAUUUACCUAGUGGAGAGGGGAAGCAUGGAAUGUUGGUGGCCCGAAGGAGCUCCAAUGAGUUUACAGGCAGUUUAUUCAACAUGCAUCAAAGCAAUGGGAGAUAUUGAAAAGCUUCAAGUCUAUUCAUACUUGAGGAAGAUUGGGUUUAUAGUACAGAGAGCCACAUCAUAUGACCCAGAUUUCAGGGUUUUAGAGCAGCGUAAAUUAGAACGAGAAGAGGCCUUGAUUAAUAUGAGGAAUAAAGCCGGUUAUAGUGGGCUUCUAAGAAGAUCGUUUUUAAUGGGGUAUAACAACUGUGUGGUUUCGCCGCUGUCAUUCAUUUCCCGCCAGUUGGCGAGAAGAGCGGCAACCUCGAACUCAACACUACUUUGGAGGAGUGUUUACCGAAGUUAUGAAUCAAUAUAUUCUGAGCUCAACAUUAUCCCUUGCCACCGGCCACCUCAUCUAGAAGCUGAAGUUUCUGAUUUAGAUAUUGAAGAACCCGCUGCUCCUUUCCGAGUCAUGUUUGAUGUUUGGAAACCUGGUUCUACAUUCAAGAAAGCAUCUCCAGGAAAACCAGAUUACCGAAUUGUUGUGGUUAGUGCUCGUGACGAUAAAAUGCCCAGUCUUAAUCAGACAGCAUCGCUCUUCGCCUCCGUACCAGUGAGCGAGACAACGAAAGACAAGAGUCAGAUGCAAAGAUUGAAAGAAGGUUGGCGGACUGUUAUUUUGGCGGUUGUAGAUGCCGGUAUAAUAAGUCUAUUCAAAUUGUCAGAUGUCGGUUUUGGUGAUGAAAAAAUGUAUAUAAGGCCACCACCAAAACCCAGAGCACCUCGCACUCGUAAAAAUCAAAGCAAAAAGUCCUAA